CCAGGUUUCGAAAACUGAAGUUCUUGGCUGCUGAGGAAGUUGUCAAAGUCCAAAGCGCAGUACAAACCAUGGCACUUGCAGCCAAACAGCAAGUGAGAAAGCCCACUGCAAGUAAACAGACAGACAGCACAGCAAAGGACUCCCCAAUCUCACCAACAGCACAUGGAAGGACUACAUCAUUCCUUGACUCAGACUCCACCACCAGUGACGAAGAACAAGAUGAGGAGCAGCAGUUACUCCAAGCUGUACAUCAGGAGGUCCUCAUGUAUUUUGGAGAACAUCCCCUUUCCAAGAAGGAAAAUCCACUGACUUGGUGGGAGAAGAAUGCAGCACGCUAUCCAACAGUGGCAGAGCUGGCAAGGUCCCUGCUGUCUAUUCCAGCUACAUCAACACCAUCAGAGCGUCUGUUUUCAGCUGCAGGUAACAUUGUAUCAAAGAAGAGGGCAAGCCUCAGCCCUGAGCAUGUUGAUAUGCUUACAUUCCUACACUGCAAUAAAGAGCUCCUCUAGAGGUUUGUACACACAUGCCAUGAGAGACUGGUUGCACUGACUUGUUCUAGGUUCAAAUGUUUUUGGAAUUGUAAAGGAGAAGACUGUUAAGCCUGUAAAUUCUGUUACCCGUAACCAAAUUAUUUUUAUUUUUUUAUUCAGGCCAAAUGUUUUGGUGCU